CAGUGGGGGUAGUCUGUACUCCGUAAACUGUACAAAUGAUCGCGGAACGCGGAUGAACGACGAAGGAGAAGAGGAUACCAGUGAAUACGUGUCAAGGAAAUUCGAUCCGAAUUACUAUCAUCCGGAGCGCAGACAGUGAGUGUCAUCUUGUUCGGUACAUAUUAACGAUACGAAAAGGAAGACUGUGAUUUCUGUAUGAGAAACCAUCGGUAACGGAACAAUUUGGUGUGCCAGAGAUGAGCGGGCAUGCAACCCGUUCCGGAGAGGGUGGUCAAGCGGUUCUCGAACGUAUUCAGGUGUCCGUACUGCCGAUCACUGGAAAACACACCUCUUCGACAUUACCUACCACAUCGGCUCCGUCAAUGGAGAGGCAAGAUGUGGAUAUUACAAACAUACAAAAAAAAUGCACCGGAAAGGAGAUUUCCAAUACUCAAAGAGUCUGGACGAGUCUGGUAUCCGGUGCGGUAGCAGGAGCUUUAGCAAAGACUACGAUAGCACCCUUGGAUCGUACAAAGAUCAAUUUCCAAAUUUCGAAACAACCCUAUUCGGCCAGGGCAGCGAUAGGAUUCCUAACUACAGCGAUGCGCACUGAAGGUCUCCUCAGUUUGUGGCGUGGAAAUAGCGCUACUAUGGUCAGAAUAGUACCGUAUUCGGCGGUGCAGUUUACAGCGCACGAACAGUGGAAAAGAAUUAUUAAUAUAAACGGAGUGGAAAGAGAAAAGCCAUGGGCAAGUUUCCUGGCCGGCGCACUUGCGGGUGUAACGUCGCAGACUAUGACUUAUCCAUUAGAUUUAAUGCGAGCGAGAAUGGCGGUAACUCUAAAGGCCGAAUACAAGACUCUACGUCAGGCGUUCUGGCGAAUGUAUAAAGAAGAGGGAAUAUUGGCGUCCUAUCGUGGUUUCACCGCUACAAUUCUCGGUGCUAUCCCAUAUGCCGGUUGCAGUUUCUUCACAUACGACAUGCUGAGAAACUUACUAUCUGUGUACACGGUGACUAUUCCGGGAUUCUCGACCUCGCUCAUUUGCGGCGGCAUCGCUGGAAUGGUCGGUCAGACAAGCAGCUACCCACUGGAUAUUGUGCGGCGGAGAAUGCAGACGUCAGCGAUCAAGGGCCAGCAUUAUCACACGGUCACGUCGACUAUCGUGAAAAUUUAUACGGAAGAAGGAAUAAUGGCUUUUUAUAAAGGCUUAAGUAUGAAUUGGGUAAAGGGUCCUAUUGCUGUUGGAAUAAGUUUUGCCACGCAUGAUACAAUACGAGAUACAUUGAGGAAAAUAAUUUGUGAAGAUAUAGGAGAUUAAUGAAAUAAAACAUUGAAAGUUUGGGGUUAU